AUGGGGUGCGACUGCUGUCCGCGCCCUGACCCAGGCCCGGCGCCUGAGCCCGUCGUUACACAGGCUCCAGCUCAAGUCGAAGACAACGCCAGCUGCCAGGAUUCUUGCUGUGAUGACGGAACAUCCGAGACCAGCCAGGGGAAUGUCGUCCCUCAAGAGGCGGAUGAUUGCUGCGCUUCCGGCAGCUGCGCGGAUGAAAAACCCAACGACGACUCCGACGCGCCGGAUUGCUGCCGCGGCAAAAUCUCCCCCUGCUGUAAUGCAUCUUGCCUUGACCGCAUCGCCAUGCGGGAAUGUAAGAUGAGUGCUGCUGGUCUGACCGGCCAAUCCAAGGACGCGACUGGUCGUACCAACGGCUCCGGUUGCAAUGGAGCAACCGACGGCAAGGCAUGCGGCCAGCAUAGUCUCUCUGCCCUUGAUCGCUACGGCGCGACUCUCCAGGCCCUCGGGUGUCUCUGCCGUGCUCUCAUCGCCCUCGGUCAAGAGUCUUGCUGCGAGACCCGUGACCGCCCGUCGGUCGGGGCCAAGUCGUGCUCCAAGAAGUCGUCGACUCGCUCUCUCAUCCGUACUUCGGUGGACUCCUGCUGCAGCACCGGCAGCGUCACCAAGGACCAGGCUGCGCAGAACCGCCUUCGCUUGCGAAAGAGCUCCGACAGCUGCAAGUCCGUCAAGAAGCCUCCUACGGGUGCUUGCGCUGGCUCCUGCUGUGCCAAGGACAAGCCAAUCAAGAGCCCGCCUGUCAAGGAUAGCUGCUCGAAGCCGUGUUGCUCAGGUGGCAAACCUGCAAAGGAGCCUCCUGCAAAGAGCAGUUGUGCUGAUGCUUGCUGUUCCAAGGCUGAGCCUCCCAUUGUCUCUACGGCCAAGUCUGGUAGCACUGGCUCUGGGCCUGCAAAGGACAGCGGUGACAAGGACCCCAACACCAAGAAAUGCCCCGGUUCUUGCUGCUCUAAGGACAAGCCACCCAAAGCCCCAUCCGUCAAGAACAGUGCUGCGUCCUGCUGCUCCAUUGAGAAGCCUGCCAAGCAGUUUUCCGCUGGCGAUGGUUGCGCAGACCUUUGUUGCGCACAGCCCAAGCCCGAUGAAGCCCCCAUCGUGAAGAAGUCUAGCUGUGCCAAGUCUUGCUGCUCCGAUGCCAAACCUCCCGUCAAGGCAGCUGCUGGCGGAUGUGCGAAAGGUUGUUGCGGCACGCCAAAGGCUGUCCCUGUCAAAGAGCCACCCAAGUCCGCCUGUGCUGAUGCUUGUUGCAAGCCGGCAAGCAAAGCUACCGUCUCCUUGAAGGCUAGUUGUGCCGAUUCUUGUUGCGAGAUAAAGCAGCCUGACAGCCCCCGAGGCUCUUGCGAGGAUGACUGUUGCACCUCUGGCCCGCCUGAUACUUCUCUGCAGAUUGAAAAGGUCCCAAUCAAUGCCAUCGAUGUCGAGAAUCAGGCAGCCGGGAAAGAACAUGUUGUUCUUAGUAUCUCUGGUAUGACUUGUACCGGCUGCGAGACCAAGCUCAACCGGACUCUCGCAACUGUCCCCGCUGUCAAGGACCUCAAGACGAGCCUUGUUCUUUCUCGCGCCGAGUUCAACCUUGACCUCCGUUUGGGCUCGGUCGAAGAAGUUAUCAAACAUCUGGAACGAACCACCGAGUUCAAGUGCGAGAGAGUCCAGAACAACGGUUCCAGCCUUGAUCUCAUUGUUCCUGGCGAUGCUUCCAAGUUCAUGAGCCAGACCUGGCCAGAAGGCGUGCUUGAGAUGACUCUUGUGGACAAGGAAACGGUUCGAGUUGCAUUUGAUCCCAAGAUUGUUGGAGCUCGAGACCUCGCUGAGAAGAUUUGGGGCCCUCCUAUUCAACUUGCCCCUCCUCAUGGCGACCUAUCUCUCGAAGCUGGCAGUAAGCAUGUUCGUCAUGUUGGAUACAUGACACUUUUAUCUGCCAUCUUGACGAUUCCUGUUCUUGUCUUGGCCUGGGCUCCAAUUCCUGAAAGAGAAGUGGCUUACUCCUCGGCUUCGCUGGCCUUGGCCACCAUUGUCCAAUUCGUCGUCGCAGGUCCUUUCUACCCCAAGGCGAUCAAGGCUCUCGUUUUCUCGAGGGUCAUUGAGAUGGAUCUGCUGAUUGUUCUGAGCACUAGCGCAGCCUAUAUCUUCUCUGUGGUCUCCUUCGGCUACCUCAUCGCUGGAAAGCCACUAUCGACCGGACAGUUCUUUGAGACGAGCACUCUCCUUGUGACUCUGAUCAUGGUUGGCCGAUGGGUUGCGGCUCUUGCUCGCCAGAGAGCCGUCGAGUCCAUCUCAAUCCGCUCGCUUCAGGCUUCCACAGCUAUCCUCGUUGAUGAAGAGACCAAGACGGAGCGUGAGAUCGACUCCCGACUUCUCCAGCAUGGUGAUGUCUUCAAGGUCCUCCCAGACUCUAGAAUUCCUACCGAUGGGACAGUCAUCACAGGUUCCUCGGAAGUCGAUGAGUCGAUGCUCACGGGCGAGUCCCGACCUGUGGAAAAGUACCCCAAGUCCGUGGUGAUUGCUGGGUCCAUCAACGGGUCUGGAGUCAUGACUGUUCGUCUCAAUCGCCUUCCAAGCGACAACACGAUCAAUGCCAUUGCCGCCAUGGUUGACGAGGCCAAGCUUUCAAAGCCCAAACUACAGGAUUUGGCGGACCAGGUUGCCUCCUACUUUGUCCCCGUGGUGGUGAUUUUGACAAUCAUCACCUUCGUCAUCUGGGUUGCGAUUGGUAUGACUGUUCGUGGCCAUAAUGGCUCUGAGGCUACGAUCCAGGCUAUCACGUAUGCCAUCACCGUUCUCAUUGUGUCCUGCCCUUGCGCAAUUGGACUGGCAGUUCCUAUGGUCAUCGUCAUUGCCAGCGGAGUCGCAGCUGAGAAAGGCAUCAUCUUCAAGUCUGCGGAUGCUAUCGAAGUCGCCCACAAGACGUCGCAUGUUGUGUUUGACAAGACGGGAACUUUGACUCAAGGAAAACUAUCUGUCGUUGCACAGGACUGCCUUGACGAGGAUACCCUUGGGUCUCUCUUGGGUCUCAUUGAAAACAGUCGACACCCCGUCUCAGUUGCAGUUACUGCCCACCUCAAGGGUAUGGGUGUCAAGGCAUGGACUAUGCCUGAGCCCAAGAGUUUGACUGGAAAGGGCGUUGAAACAACUUUGAAGGGACAGAAGCUCCGGGCUGGAAAUUCUCGCUGGUUGGAACUCUCGAACCAUGACCUUGUUCUGCCGAUGCUAGCUCAUGGCUAUACCGUCUUUUGCUUCACCAUUGACAACGAGUUGAAGGCUAUUUAUGGCCUUGAAGAUGAACUCCGGUCUGAUGCUGCGUCCACUGUCGAUACCUUGCAGAAGCGUGGCGUCUCGGUUCAUAUGGUCUCUGGCGAUGACGAUGGAGCUGUCCAGGCUCUGGCAUCCAAGCUGGGUAUUUCUGGUGACAAUGUUCGCUCUCGAAGCUCGCCCGCCGACAAGAAGGACUAUAUCCAAACUCUUCUGGGUGACGAGGCUGAUCGAAAGAAGCCUGUUGUCGUUUUCUGCGGCGAUGGUACAAACGACGCUGUUGCUCUGACCCAAGCCACCAUUGGCGUGCACAUGAACGAGGGUACUGAUGUUGCGCAGUCUGCUGCCGAUGUCGUUCUCAUGCGUCCAUCUCUGGCUGGGAUCCUGACCAUGAUGAAUGCCAGCCGAAAGUCGGUCAACCGCAUCAAGUUCAACUUCCUGUGGAGCUUCGUGUACAACACCUUUGCAGUCCUUUUGGCUGCUGGGGCGUUUGUCAACGCGAGGAUUCCACCCGAGUUUGCUGGUCUUGGCGAGUUGGUUAGCGUUCUGCCAGUCAUUGCGGCUGCGGUGCUCCUGCGCUGGUCGAAGAUCUAG